AAGUGAUAUGGAUAUAUUUGCAAGUGAUCAAAGUGAGCCAGAGUGUAGAGACCAGAACAAUUUUAAGAAGACAAAAGUAUUGACUGCUGAUGAUGCUGGGUCAAAGGCAGAUUGUAAGGAUGAAUUUGUUAAACUUAAACCAAAACAAGAUAUGAAGAGGGUACCCAAGGAUCCACAGAGUGUGGCAAAUGAUGUUGAUAAGCUAACAGAUGAACAUUUCUUUUGUAUCCAGGAUGAUGCAGCCAGUGAAGGAAGUGAGUUGCUUUUCUCUUCACAGAAUUCCAACUUUGAGGAGGAUGACGACGCAACGUCAAGAAAUCGGCCCAAGAAGUCUAAUCCUCCAAACUUCAUUGAGGUUCCUCCAGCUCCAAUUCAAGAUGAUGAUGAUGAUGAUGAUACGACCUUAGAGGAUUUCUUUUUUGCUGAUGCCAAUGGGGAUGAAUCUUCUGAUAUUGGAGGUCAGGGGUCAAAAAUAGAUGGUGAGGUUAAAGGUCAAGACACCCUGGAAGAUGGAAGCCAGAAGGAAGAGAGCAAGAGUCUCAUUAACCCUCCUGUACCUUCUUUGGACCACCGUGAAGGGGAAAUGGAUCAAGCUGUGGUGUUUUCAGAAGAUGAAGACAGCCAGAGUUUGUUCAACAUUCCUGGUGAGAACAAAGAAGGACAAUUUCUUACCGUCAGCAAUCUUGAUAAGAACAAAGAAAUUGUCCCUACUUUAGACGACCAUGAAGGAAAAAUGCAUCAAGCUGUGGUAUUUUCAGAAGACGAACCCAGCCAGAGUUUGUUCAACAUUCCUGGUGUCAGCAAUCUUCCAGGCAAAUCAGAUGAUGCGGCAGAGUGUUCAGAAGAUGGAGAGGAAGACAUGGAAGUGGAUGAUGAGGAGGAAGAACUCCCGAAUAAGGAAGAGAGACCAUCAACGUCUGGAUGGGGGACAAGUGAUGCAAGAAGUGCAAUGUCAGCAAAAGAUGAAGAAUGCUCAAGACAAUCUAACGUGCAUGACACCUCCACAUCGACUCCAGCAGUCACUCCAAAGCUUAAGAAACAGGGAACACUGGACUCCUUUUUUGGGUGCAAACCUUUGCCAAAAGUAGAGCCAUCGUCGAAACAGAGAACAUUAGACUUCUUUUUGGGGUGUAAACCUGCACCAAAAGUAGAGCUACCAUCUCAGAAAAUCCAGGAGAAGGGACAGUGGAGAGGAUCCAAGCAGACAUACAAGAGGAACAAAGGAGAAGGCGACGAGAAGAAGGAAUGGGGGAACAGCAGUCGCAAGGAAUGUCCCUUCUACAAAAAGAUGCCAGAUACAUCUUUCACAGUGGAUGCCUUCAGGUAUGGUGUUAUCCCAGGAUGCAAAGCUUACUUCUUGAGUCACUUCCACUAUGACCACUAUGGGGGUCUCACUAAGCACUUUGACCAACAGCUCUACUGUAGCAAGGUUACAGGAAAUCUUGUGAUAACCAGAAUCAAGGUAGCCGCUGAAUAUGUGAAGAUUUUACCCAUGAACACACCUUGCAAAGUAGAUGGCGUGGAGGUUACACUACUUGAAGCAAACCACUGCCCAGGUGCUGUGAUGUUCCUAUACAAGCUGAAAUCAGGUGUCAUCUAUCUACAUACCGGUGACUUCAGGGCCGAUGCUGAGAUGGAGCUAUAUCCCCAACUGAGCAGUUGCCAUGUCAACCAACUCUAUCUGGAUACUACGUACUGUGAUCCUCAGUACAAAUUUCCAUCUCAGACUGAAGUGAUAGAGUUUGCAGUAAAGACAGCUGUCCAGGCUGUGAAAUCAAACAAGAAGACCCUCAUCGUGUGUGCAACCUACACCAUUGGCAAAGAGAAGGUCUUCAGAGCUAUUGCUGAAGCACUGGAAUGCAAGGUAUAUGUGGAUUCUCGGAAGUUGAAAGUCUUGGAAUGCCUUGAAGAUGAUGAUCUGAUGUCACUCCUAACCCGUGAUAACAAGGCAGCUACAUGUAGACUUCACGUCAUAGCCAUGAAUAUGCUUAAUCAUCAGAAGCUGAAGGAGUACCUGUCCCAGUUCAGUUCAAGAUAUGACAACAUUCUUGCCUUCAAGCCUACUGGUUGGACUCACAGUGAUAAGGUUGAAUCACCCUCAGAUAUCAAGCCUUCCGAGAGUGGAAAAUCAAAAAUUUAUGGAAUACCAUACAGUGAGCACAGCAGCUACUCUGAGAUGAAGCGCUUUGUUCAGUUCAUAAGGGCUGACAAGAUCUUAGCCACAGUCAACAAUGGAAACCCCCAGAAACGCAAGGCCAUGGAUGAUAUCUUCAAAAGAUGGAUGGCAGAGGAUGGACAGUCAUCGUCACCAACUAGGCUCAAAUCUGUGAAAAUCAUGAAAUGGUUUAAGUAGUGUGAUGACAAGCAGUGGUAAAGAGGCGAGGAAUUAAAGACAUAACCCUUCCUCAGGUCAAGAAUAGAAAUCCUAAAUGAUGUAAGGUCAUGGAGGACAUCUUCUAAAGAUGGAUGAAGAAGAACAGUAGGUCGUCGUUACCAACUAGGCUCAAAUCUGUUAAGAUCAUGAACUAGUUUAAGUAGUGCGAUGACAAACAGUGGUAAAGAGGCGAAGAAUAAAAGAGAUAACCCUUCCUUAGGUCAAGAACAGAAAUUCAAAAUGAUGUAAGGUCAUGGAGGACAUCUUCUAGAAAUGGAUGAAGGAAAACAGUAGGUCGUCGUCACUAACUAGGCUCCAAUCUGAGAAGAAACAAGAAUUGGCUUAAGAAGUGAGGUGAUGGCAAGAGAAAAGAAGCUAAAUACAUUCAAACCUGCUUUAGUGACCACCUGUCUACAAAGACCACAUUUGUUGUUUCCGUUGAAAAUGGAUUCUCAUUGAAACAUGUACCAAUAGAACCUGUCUUCAAAGACCACCUGUCCACGUAUCUACAAAGACCACUUUUUGUGUUUCCCUUGGGAGGUCGCUAUAGACAGGUUUGACUGUAUUUAUAAAGAUACAAGAUCCUUCCUAUGGUAAACAGUGGAACCCCGAAUCAUGCAAGGCUGUGGAUGAAGUUUUCAAAUGAUGGAUUCUGUAGAAAGGACAGUCUUCUUCUUCACAGCAAGCCCGGCCCAGUGCAGGAGGCAGCUAGGUCUGGCCUUGGCGUUGAUCCCUUCUAGGUCACUGGGGGUACAGGGUAUCCAGAAAUGUCACCAACCAGGAAACCAGUCUGUGAUGUUGUAAAUGGUAGAACUUGUUUAGGAAGUGAUUUAAGAUAACUAGAGUAAGAGAUGCAGAAAAGUGUUGUUAACAACAAUAUUCAUGUUAGAUGCUGCUCAUAAGUAUCGGCUUCCAUGGUGAUGUAGAUGUACAGUAGGCUUGUGAGAGAUGGGGAGGAUUGGGGAGACCUGGAAAGGACUCUCCUUAAUAUUUCUUUCUUGAAUGUGUGUAGUCCUGAAAAGGACUGUUUGUAGUCUUGAAUAUUCAUGAUAUGUAAACCUAUGAAUUCCCAUAAGCUUACCGGUAAUAUAUGGACCAUUAGGUUCCUUUAGGCAAAGGGUUAGUAGACAGAUAAGUAUGUGAAAUGUAGUAAAAACAACUAUGCUGCGUACAUAUUGAUUACUGUUCCCAUCUUCCUCAUCACCGACACAUCAUUUGCUUUAUACAAGGAGGGUUUAAAGAUCUCAGUUUAUUACCUUAGAGUUCAUCAUGGAAGUAGAUCCAUACUUGAUAUUAUUUCUACCACUUUAUGCAGCUGAUGGAAUGCACAGUUUAAUUGCUGUAGAGGGUUUUGAUCUUUAAGCAACCACACUUCCAAAAAACUGCCCUUUAACAUUCACAUUCUAUAGUAUUAAAUUGUUUGAUCCUGCAUAAUCACACGUCACUUGUUAUCUCUGAGGAUAUAUAUCAUUUGUUUGUAGCCCAAAGGGUGUUGACCCAUACACUCUCAGCCCGUCUGUACUAGUUUGGCCAGAGGGGAUUAGACCUCCCUGCAAGGUCACUGACAGGUGGUUAUCUCAUCA